AAUAAUUAAAAAUUUGCAUUCCAACUGAACCGAAAACUUCGGGGAGCGAAAUGGAGGCUAGUUUCGUCGCCGGCGAUCGGCCGACGGUGUUAGUGACGAACGACGAUGGAAUCGAUGCGCCGGGAUUGAGAGCUCUAGUUAGUCUGCUUGUUUCCACCAAUCGCUUUUACGUCCUCGUUUGUGCUCCUGACUCUGAAAAGUCAGCUGUUAGUCAUAGCAUUACUUGGCGUAAUGCCCUUUCUGUUAAGCAAGUUGACAUCAGCGGAGCAACAGCGUUUGCAGUUUCAGGAACUCCAGCAGACUGUACUUCCCUGGGAAUCUCUAAAGCUCUUUUCCCUUCAGUACCUGAUCUGGUUAUCAGUGGUGUUAAUAUGGGUGACAACUGCGGCUAUCACAUAGUAUACUCGGGUACAGUGGCUGGCGCUAGGGAGGCUUUCUUCUGUGGUAUUCCUGCUGUGUCUGUAUCAUAUAAUUGGAUUCGUGGAAAAAGCAAUGUUAAUGACUUCACACUGGCUGCUAAAGCUUGCUUACCCAUCAUCAGUGCUAUAUUGGCUGCAAUCAAGACAAAACACUAUCCCAAGAAUUGCUUUCUCAAUAUUGAUGUGCCAACAGAUGUUGUCAAUCACAAGGGAUACCGUCUAACCCGACAAGGAAAAAGUUUUGUGAAAAUGGGAUGGAGGCAAGUUACUUCUGAAAGCGAAGGAGGAAACGUUUUGUCCACAAUGACUAUGGAGACGAAUUCAUCAGAAAGUACACAUGCUAGAGCCUUAAAAAAUGCACCAUUGGAUCAUCUACUGUUUAAGAGACGAGUUACAAGAAUUCUAGUGGGGAAUGGUGAUACAGACUACUGUUCUCUUCAAGAAGGAUACAUUACUGUCACACCCCUUGGCGGCUUGUCUCCAGCAGAGCUAGAUGCUGUUUCAUUCUUUCAGAAUUGGCUGCCCAGUGUUGUUAAUCAUUACCCUUCCUCGGCUUUGUAGUGCUGUAAGUUGGUCAUCCAAGUGAAAUCCAAUUCUGAUGUGACCCUAAGGGAACUCAAGAAUAUCUGAAAGCAGGAGGAAAUAAGUAAUUAGCAUCAAUAUUAUGUAGGUUAUCAUUGAUCAAUUUGCCAGAUGAAAAGUUUUAGAGAUGAAACGUUUCCUCAACAACAACAACAAAAAAAAAAGUUUGUAUCGAUGAGAUAAAUGGACUCAAGAAACCUAAAUGAGUCUGCACGGAAUGGAAUUGUGCAUUUGCAUGUCAUUUCAAUGUGGGCAUCCUCUCCCUGGUCAGAAUUCAGAUGUAUCUUUGUUUCAUUUUCUGCAAGAUAUCCUCUAUUAUGUUUCAUAGACAUUUACUAAGAUCAUAAAAUUUGUAACGUUGCCCUGUUUUUAAGUUUCACACGUAAAGGAGAAGUAAAUAUAAGUUGCCUGUUUUUAAGGAGAUCAA